AUGGAGAAAGUCGGCCAAUGGUGGUCCGACGGAUACUUUGACGGUGACGACGCGAGCCGCUGUUCCGAAAUUAUCUCGGAUGAUCCUCGCAGCGGGGGCGCGUGGCGCAGGUGUCGGCGCGCCGCGUCGCGCGUCGCGUGGGUGCCUGUGAUCGUCGUUUUCCUGCCGAUCGUCGUGGGCUAUCUCGCAUGCGUCGUGGCGAAACAUGCUGCGGAGACUGCGCAGCUUGCAGCCGUACGGAGAGGCAGGAGGUUGCUUAGGCGGGUUGGGGAGACGACGGCGGGGAGGGAGGGGAGGACGGUUGUGUCGAGAAUCGGAGAGAGAUUGCGAUGGAGGAGGGGGGGUGAGAUGGGGGACGGAGGAGGAGGGAUUGACAUUGAGGCGAUUCCGAGGGGGCCAGGAUACGCGGAUUGGGAUGGGGAUGAGUUUGUGGAGCGGUAUGGGCGCAUGUGGGAUGAUACUACUGACGAUGGCGUGGUGGGUGAUGGUGACGGGGAUGGUGAUGGUGAUUCUAAUCAUGCGGUUGUUGCGCGAGACACACAUGUAUGGAGGGACAUGGGCGGAGAUUUAGCAGAAGCGGACGAGGGAACAACAGCGGAAGAGAGAGAAGCACAUAUGGGCAAGAAGAUCAUGGGGCUUGUGGGCCACGUGGACGAGACGUGCCUCCUCUCCCCCUACCUCCUCGCGUAUCUCUUCCCCCCCGCGCUGCUCUCCGUCUCCCUCGAGGAGGAGGAGGAGGGAGAGGGAGAGGGAGAGGGAGAGGGGGAGGGGGAGGCAGGGGCGUCGUUUGCUGUGAUGGAGCCAUCGUUGAACAUGUGGGACAUCUCCGUCUGCCGAGGCUUCAUCGAUUCGUUCCCACGCACCAUGUAA